AUGUCUGCGACGCCGAGUCCCGAUGACCCAGAGGGCGACCGCAUGGUCAGCGCCAUGGCGGAACACGGACGUGAGGCCGUCGCAGCCAACUGGAGGUGCCAAGGCCCAUCCGGGACGGUCUGCAAGCAGAAAGGCGUGACAGACCGUCCCGGAUGGGCCUUGGCACCUCCAGUUGGCUGCGACGGCCUCACGUCCGUGUUCCGCCAUGGCGCUGACCAUGCGGUCGCCCUCUGGGUCAUCGGGACUCGGCGUCGCAGACAUCACCAGAGCUUCAAGCAAAAGUUGCCGCCGCAGACAGGUUGUUUUGUUUGCAUUAAAUUCCAUUUAAUUUGCCUACGACUUUCCGACCGCGGCGCGCUCGCCGCAGAUCCUGGUUGUUUCGACCUGCGCCGGACGGCGCUGCUGUGGCGCUACGUCAUCCCGAGGGCGCAGACGAAAUCCGCCGGGGGCCUCUUACCACAUCGCGGUGGACGUGCGCGCGGCCGCUGCGACGACGCCUACGCCUACGCCUCCGACGUCUUCCGCUACGGCUCGUCGUCUAAGGGGCAUCGUGGCGCAAGACAACGUGACGCUGCAAUUCCCCAACGACUUGAGGUGGACCAAGAGCCGGCGGGCAGAGUGUGGUGGGGUGCUGAGCAACCGCCUGCACGAGUACUCUACCAGGAGCUGGACCCGCGGGAAGUCAACUUCGGCAUCCUGAGGCGCCGGUGGACGCGGCGGGUGCGGGAGGGGACGGUGUGCGACCCAGAUAUGUAG